GCACACCCCCAUGUGAGCAGGGUGCUGUGUGAGCUCUGCCUGGCACCGCGGCUCUCCCAGCCGCUGCCUCCCACUGCUUUCUGUUGUGCUGCUGUGGCUGUAGGGGAGAGGGGGGAGAAUACAGCCGAGGAUGCACACGAUGCCUGGAAACACGAAUUGAUUUAAGCGGCCGCUGGUGCGGCUACCCGUACGCAGGGUGCUGGGGAUUGCCGCGAGGCAGUGAGGUGCAGGGCUGGCGCAGGGGGGCUGCUGCAGAGUACAGAGUGAAGGGCAGGGUCUUGCACCCCAGGGGCCUCCUGCAGCCGACCGCACUCCUCUUGCCUUCCCCAGGCCCUUGUCCCUGCUCCUGUCCCUGUCCCCACGUGCCACUCAAGCCCUGCAGGCGGCCAUGCCACGGACCUCUUUGUUUCCGCUUGCAGAUGCGGCCUCGGGGCAGCGCCGGCUGGGAGAGCAGCCUCAGGCAGAAGCCUCCUGUCCGCCUCAUCUUCCAGGCAGGGCAGACCCGGCACGAGAUGAAAAUCAAGGAAACGAGCAGCGAGGAGAAUCUCAGGGACCUGCCAACGCCGCUGCGGAGCUCCAGGAGGCGAUCGGCCAUGCCCGUCCUCACCACCAUCGACCUCACGGAGGACGACUCCCGGGACUCGUCGCAGAGCAGCAGCACGCUCUCGGGGAGCAGCUCCCAGGAGGGCCAGAACGGCUCUGCUGAGCUGGCGGCUGAGGAGCCGGAGAGCCGAGAGGCGGGGAUAGCGCUGGAGUACCAGGACGGGAAGGAAUUUGGGAUUGGGGAACUCGUCUGGGGAAAGAUCAAAGGUUUCUCCUGGUGGCCGGCGAUUGUCGUCUCCUACAGAGCCACGUCCAAGCGCCAGGCGGUCUCAGGCAUGCGAUGGGUGCAGUGGUUUGGAGACGGGAAGUUCUCCGAGGUUUCUGCAGACAAGCUGGUGGGGCUGAUGGCCUUUAGGCAGCAUUUCAAUUCUGCCACGUUUAAUAAGCUGGUUUCCUAUCGCCGAGCCAUAUUCCAUGCCCUGGAGGUUGCCCGGAGCCGGUCAGGGAAGACGUUUGCAGCCACCCCCGGGGAGUCCCUGGAGGAGCAGCUGAAGCCCAUGAUCGACUGGGCACUCACCGGCUUCAAGCCCCUGGGCCUCAAGGGGCUGCGGCCGCCCAAAACCUCAGAGAACGGGGCCCUGCGGAACGGCACGGAGGAGGUGCUGUGCCUCGAGCAGUGCCCCCCUACCAAGAGGCUGAAGGCCACCCUCUGCAACAACAACAAGGAGCAGCGAGUGGAAGAGGACCAGACCCGAGAGCAAAUGGUUUCCGAAGUUACGAACAACAGCGGGAGUCUCGAAGACAGCUGCUUGUCCUGCGGGAGGAGGAACCCGGCCACCUUCCACCCGCUGUUCGAGGGAGGCCUGUGCCAGACGUGCAGGGAUAGAUUCCUGGAGCUCUUCUACAUGUACGAUGAAGACGGCUACCAGUCCUACUGCACCGUCUGCUGCGAGGGCAAGGAGCUGCUGCUCUGCAGCAACGCCAGCUGCUGCAGGUGCUUCUGCGUAGAGUGUCUGGAGGUCCUGGUGGGGCGAGGGACGUCAGCCAAGGCAAAAGAGCAGGAGCCCUGGAACUGCUACAUGUGCCAGCCCCAGCGGAGCUACGGGGUGCUGCAGCGCCGGCAGGACUGGAACACCCGCCUGCAGGACUUCUUCACCAGCGACAAGGGACAGGAAUACGUAAGGGCUGCUGCAGACGCACCCAAAAUCUAUCCAGCAGUGCCCCCAGCCAAGAGGAGACCCAUCAGAGUGCUCUCCUUGUUUGAUGGCAUAGCGACAGGGUACCUGGUGCUGAAGGACCUGGGCAUCCAGGUGGAGAAGUACAUCGCCUCCGAGAUCUGCGAGGACCCCAUCGCGGUGGGCACCGUGCGGCACGAGGGCAACAUCACCUACGUGCACGACGUCCGGAACAUCACCAAGAGAAACAUCGAGGAGUGGGGUCCGUUUGACCUGGUGAUCGGCGGGAGCCCCUGUAACGACCUGUCCCUCGUCAGCCCGUCCAGGAAGGCGCUGUACGGCCCGCCGGCCCCCACGCCCCCGCCACAGCCUCCCCUGCGGGGCCGCGGCCGGUCUCCACCCAGCACUCCCGCUUCCCCCCGUGCAGAAGGGACCGGGAGGCUCUUCUUCGAGUUCUACCACCUGCUCAACUACGCCCGGCCCAAGGCGGGCGAGGAGCGCCCCUUCUUCUGGAUGUUUGAGAACGUGGUGGCCAUGAGAGUCAACGACAAGAGGGACAUCUCUCGCUUCCUGGAGUGUAACCCAGUUAUGAUCGACGCUAUCAAGAUAUCUGCUACCCACAGAGCUCGCUAUUUCUGGGGCAACCUCCCGGGGAUGAACAGGAUCUUUGGCUUCCCCCUCCACUACACCGACGUUUCCAACAUCAGCCGCGGGGCUCGCCAGAAGCUGCUCGGGAGGUCCUGGAGCAUCCCCGUCAUCCAGCACCUCUUCACCCCGCUCAAGGAUUACUUUGCCUGCGAAUAGCAAGCGGAGCGUCCCUCGUCUCUCGGGUAACGACGCAGCUCAGCUGCCUGGGGGGAGAGGGCAGGAUGCGACCGCCAGUCUCUCCCGCGGGCCCCUGCGGCUUCCCCGUCCCUGUCCCUCCGCUGCGGGAAGGGCGCACGGCCCUGCAGCAGGGCUGGGGGAACUUCAACCAAAGAACCUGGCGGGGUAACCCUUCCUUAACGGACCGAUGACAGCGAUACGUAGGAAAUGACGGACAAAAGAGCUUUAAUUACCCAGCCCAGGAAGCUGCGUGCAUCACUGACGAGGCGAGAAGUCUCCUCCAGAGCAUUAAAUAUUCCAUUUUACCCCAGAGCUGAAGAGGAGAAAGUGGUGGAGGCAGCUGCUGGCGUGCUGCAGACAAACGCGGACUAUAGAGGCUGAUUGCUUUUCCUAAACAAACAAAACCUCUCUUGAAAUGACUGCCAAAAAAUCCCCAAACUGCAGCAGCAGGUGUAAGGGACCCUGGUCAGGUUACGUACACUGAACAUGCAGGAUACACAAACCAAAUCUUAUUUUUUUUUUUUAAAAAAAAGACUUUUUUUGAUAAACUUUAAUUUUGUUUAACGUCUAUUGCUGCUUUAAGGCAUUACAUAAGAAUGUGGAGACUCCUAGACCUGAAUGUAGCUGAAACUGAACUGUGAGCUGAUAGAAUUACUUUUCUAGUUAGAAAAUAUUUCUACAGGGAGAUACUGUUUUCUAUGUUUGGCUGUAGUUUACGAAUAUUCACUACGUCCUUCUCAAAGCAUUUACAUUUUUUUUCCUCGCAUUUCAAAAUCCUGCUGAGUGGAUUGAAAGGUUAAAGAGUAAGCAGAGCAGGGAGGAUCUGGGCUCUAGCGUCCACAAAGGAAAAUGUUCUCUGAGCAUUCGUUUCCCAAAUGAACACGCUGCAGGGGCAGGAAGGGCAGAGCACAGCGGCCAACGCCAUCCACACCGCAGCCCCUCCGAGCAUCACCCGGCAGCGCUGCCGGGACCCCCGGGGCUGAGCAUCAGCGGGCGGCCACCGAGGGGCUUCGCGGCAGCGCCGCCGCCCUAACCGGGACCCCGUGUCCCUGCGCCGGGGGCGCUCGCCCUGCAGCCCCCCUGCUGGUCAGGGCGAGCCGCAGCCGGUGCAGUGCUGGGUGCUCAGUGCCGCACGCACCUGGGGUCUGCGGCACCCGUGGGACCGAGGGCUCCCCCUGCUCCUUCUACCUCUCUGGCCAGUGGCUCGCGGGUGUCCCCCCUGUGCCCGGGCUGUGCCGUGGCCGCUGCCUGCUCCGGUCCCCCGCCGAGGCUGCCUGCGGGGCUCUGCAGCAGGGGAAGCCCAGCUGAAAGCCAAGCUGAAGGCCGAGGCGUUUUUCCUGAUGCUGCCUGGGGGUCACUCCUGAGUCCCCCCCCCCUCCACGUGGUGCUCCCCAGUGACUGCGCUGCAGCAGCGCACCCCAACCUGCCGCUGUGCACACCCCGCAGGGACGAGGCCCCCCCCGGCACCCGUCCCACAUCGGGGGGGGCUCUGCUGGUGCUGGGGGGGGCUCGGGCGGCCCCGCCUGCCUGUCCUGCUGCCGUUCAAUCCCGGGAGCUUUGUUUUCCAAAGCAGGUGAACGUGUAACCUCCGCUCAGCCGCACCCGUCAUCUCGUGUGCCGCAUCUCACAGCCCUUCCUCUCCCUUCGAAAGAAAAAGAGAAAAAAAUCGAAAAGGACUUGGGGAAAGCGAACCAAGACGAGGGGAGCGAGCGGGCCCGGCGGGAGGCUGCCUGGGAGCUGCAGCUGCCAGGUCCUGGUCCGUGAGGCUCCUGCGUGUUUGUAACGCUGUUGUAAGGAGAGGUGGAUCUCAGAAAAGCCUUUUUAAGACUCGGUAAAGGUUCCUCACUCUCCCCGGUGCUAUUUUUUUUUAGAGUUAAGGAUUUUUGAUGUCAAAAGUGUUGCGGGUUUUUAUACAAUCUUUGAAAAUAAGAGAAAAAAAAAAAUGUUUUGGUC